AUGCCUUUGCUCAUUGCGUGUGCGAGAAGCUUUGACCGUCUGCUCUUGGAUCGGUGUGCAUGUGUGUGUGCAAAGUCUGGGUGUCUCGAGCUUGUCUUUACACCACGGUAUCAUCAUGUUGACGCUUCCACUGAGAUAUUUAGUCAGGCCUCUGUGCCAGCGUGUGAGUGUGACUGUAAGAGGGCAGCACUCGUCAGCAGCACGGGCUCCUGAUCAUGAUCGGCCCUGGACUGGGCAGGACAGCCUGGCACAAGAUGAUCCCGAGAUGUGGGACCUGCUGCAGAAAGAAAAAGACCGACAGUGUCGUGGACUGGAGCUUAUUGCUUCUGAGAACUUCUGCAGCCGAGCAGCACUUGAGGCUCAGGGCUCUUGUCUCAAUAAUAAGUAUUCAGAAGGCUACCCAGGAAAGAGGUAUUAUGGCGGUGCGGAGGUAGUGGAUCAGAUCGAGCUGCUCUGUCAGAAGCGUGCUCUGGCUGCUUUUGAUUUGGACCCAGCACUCUGGGGAGUGAACGUCCAGCCGUACUCUGGCUCGCCAGCUAACUUCGCCGCCUACACUGCAGUGUUAAAACCCCACGAGCGCAUCAUGGGUCUGGAUCUGCCUGACGGAGGACAUCUUACACACGGCUACAUGUCUGAUGUGAAGCGAAUCUCUGCUACCUCCAUCUACUUCGAGUCGAUGCCCUACAAACUCAAUCCUAAAACAGGUCUAAUAGACUACGACCAGAUGGAGCUGACUGCAAAGCUGUUUCGGCCUAGGCUGAUCAUCGCUGGCACCAGUGCUUAUGCCCGCCUCAUCGACUAUGCUCGCAUCAGGAAGCUGUGUACAGAGUUAAAUGCAUACCUGCUGGCAGACAUGGCCCACAUUAGUGGCCUCGUGGCUGCUAAAGCUGUUCCUUCUCCAUUUGAGCAUGCUGACCUCGUCACCACAACCACACACAAAUCCCUCAGAGGAGCCAGAGCUGGCCUGAUAUUCUACCGUAAGGGUUUGCGCUCUGUGGAUAAGAAAGGUACCCAGGUGAUGUAUGACCUUGAGGACAAGGUCAAUUUCUCAGUCUUCCCCUCUCUCCAGGGAGGUCCUCACAAUCACGCUAUCGCUGGGGUUGCCGUGGCUCUGCGACAGGCCAACACCCCAAUGUUUAGAGAAUAUAUUACACAGGUAAUGAAGAACGCUAAAGCCAUGGCUGAUGCACUGCUAAAAAAAGGAUACACUCUCGUGUCAGGUGGGACUGAUAACCACUUAGUGCUGGUUGAUUUGAGGCCACAGGGGAUGGAUGGAGCACGUGCCGAACGGGUUUUGGAGCUGGCUUCAAUUACAGCCAAUAAAAACACCUGCCCCGGGGACAAGAGCGCACUCACACCAGGAGGCCUGCGACUGGGCGCCCCGGCUCUGACCUCUCGUCGGUUUAAAGAGGCCGACUUCGAACGCGUUGUGGACUUCUUGGACGAAGGCUUCAAAAUCGCUCUGGAUGUCAAGAAAAAGACCAAGAAAUUAGCGGAGUUUAAGAGCUUCCUUCUGGAGGAUCCUGAGACCGUCGCACGGAUCGGUGACCUGCGCAGUCGUGUGGAGGAGUUUGCUCGGCCUUUCCCCAUGCCAGGCUUCUCCGAUCACUAACCCGUAGCCGGACCUGAGAAACGGGCGGAGCUCCACAUCUAUCGAGGAGCUUUCUGGCUACUCGCAGCAAAGUGAGAAAUGUAUCAGUAUUGGGAUUUAACUCCCCCAAUCUGUAUGAGCCUUUUGUUUAUCGCAUCUAGUUGGUAACAAACUAAGUAAAAUGUUGCUAAAUGCUCUUUGAAUAUCUUUAUCACUGCACACAAUCCUGCUGAAAUGAAAAACUAUAUUUUUUCCCCUAAAGUCAAAAGUCUUAAUAAUUAGCCUAACAGUGCAUCUAAAAAUAGUUUUUCUUCACAUUGCAUCUUUUUUUGGUAAUGUAUAACCAGAACUUUGUAUGACUAGUUUGGGAUACCAGCACUGUUUUUUUUUGUUUUUUUUCUUCUCCCCCCUUUAUUUUUAUUUUUUCAAGGGUCUGAAAAUACCAUUAACUCAACUUUAGCCAGAAGCAAAUAUUGUACUGGCUAAAGUUGUUCAAUGGCCUGGGAUCACAAAAUAGACAGCUCUUGUUAUAGAUCUCUAUAAAGGUGUUAAUCCUGUAACCCCACCCAGAGUAAACAAUCGCUAGAUUUAAUUCAUUUUAUACAAUUAACAAUACUUAUGAGACCUUGCACAAUUCUUGGUGGAUUAUUGUAUUGCACUUGACACUUGAUGUUUACAAAUCCCACUUAAUCAAACACAGAUCUGUGUCUGCAUCAGCAUGGACUAUCUUGUGUUUCCUAUUGCUGCUUUGAAAAGGAAAAAAAAAUUAAACGCAAUAUGUUUGGAACCUAUAGAGUCUAUUAUUAUGGAACAUCUGGAGGCGGAGCUCAUAGGAGGUUGCGUAAAGCAGUGCCAAGUCCUUAAAACUGUGCAGUUUUGCCAAAUAUACACUAAUUAUAACCUUUCCGUGUUAACUAAAGUGGUUAUAAUGGGACAGACUCAUAUAAAUGUGACCAACUGCUUCGUGUCCUGUACUUUUCUUAUCUUUUCCCUGUUUACAUUACUCAUUCUCCAGCACUCUGUUCAUCAAACCUUUUUACCUGUAAAGUUUUUUAAGUAAACAUUUACUAAAUGAUUUUAUAAAACUAAUCCCAAUAAAUUUGUGCAUUGUCUAAA